UAUCUCUGCGCCCAGUGCGGAGUUCAAUCUCAUGAUCCUGAGAUCAAAAGUUGCCUGCUCUACUGACUUAGCCAGCCAGUGAAAAACAAAUGUCAUCAUGUCUGGAAUCAAGCGAACAAUCAAAGAAACCGACCCUGAUUAUGAGGAUAUAUCUGUGGCCCUUCCAAAUAAGCGUCAUAAAGCAAUUGAGAAUUCAGCUCGAGAUGCUGCUGUGCAGAAGAUUGAGACUAUUAUCAAGGAACAAUUUGCACUUGAAAUGAAGAAUAAGGAACAUGAAAUUGAAGUCAUUGACCAGCGACUGAUUGAGGCAAGAAGGAUGAUGGAUAAACUUCGUGCCUGCAUUGUUGCAAACUACUAUGCUUCUGCAGGACUUCUGAAAGUUUCUGAGGGAUCAAAGACAUGUGAUACAAUGGUUUUUAAUCAUCCUGCUAUCAAGAAAUUUUUGGAGUCACCAUCUAGGUCAUCCUCUCCUGCCAAUCAGAGAUCAGAGACACCAUCAGCCAAUCAUUCAGAAAGUGAUUCUUUAUCUCAACAUUAUGAUUUCUUAUCUGACAAAGACAAUAACAGCAAUAUGGAUAUAGAAGAAAGACUCUCAAACAACAUGGAACAGAGACCAAGCCGAAAUACUGGAAGGGACACUGCCAGUAUUACUGGCUCUCAUAAAACAGAGCAGCGGAAUGCUGAUCUCACAGGAGAUGAGACUUCACGACUUUUUGUAAAGAAAACUAUAGUAGUGGGCAAUGUGUCCAAAGAGCCUCCUUUUCAUCUAACCAGAAGAGGCUGGGGUGAGUUUCCUGUCAGAGUUCAAGUUCAUUUUAAGGACAGCCAGAACAAGCGGAUAGAUAUCAUACAUAAUCUGAAGCUGGAUAGAACUUACACUGGCUUGCAGACUCUUGGAGCAGAGACGGUAGUGGAUGUUGAGCUUCACCGACAUUCUCUUGGAGAAGACUCCAUUUAUCCUCAGUCCUCCGAGUCAGACAUCUCUGAUGCCCCACCAUCAUUGCCUUUGACCAUUCCAGCCCCAGUGAAAGCUUCCUCACCGAUAAAGCAGUCACAUGAGCCAGUACCUGAUACAUGUGUGGAGAAAGGCUUCCCAGCCAACACUGAAGCUGAGAGACACACUACAUUUUAUUCUUUGCCAUCUUCAUUGGAACGAACACCCACCAAAAUGACAACAUCCCAGAAAGUUACCUUUUGUUCUCAUGGCAAUUCAGCUUUUCAGCCAAUAGCAUCAAGCUGCAAAAUCGUGCCACAAAGUCAGGUUCCUAAUCCUGAGUCACCCGGAAAAUCCUUCCAACCCAUCACCAUGAGCUGCAAGAUUGUUUCAGGUUCCCCCAUAUCAACUCCAAGUCCAUCACCCCUGCCUCGAACCCCAACUUCCACUCCAGUCCAUGUGAAGCAAGGCACUGCCAGCUCUGUCAUUAAUAACCCUUAUGUUAUCCUGGAUAAGCCAGGGCAGGUUAUUGGAGCCCCCACUCCCACUACAGGAAGUCCUACAAACAAGCUCUCUACUGCCUCCCAGGCCUCCCAAGGAACAGGUUCCCCUAUUCCUAAAAUUCAUGGAAGUAGUUUUGUAACAUCUGCUGUCAAGCAAGAGGAUUCUUUGUUUGCAUCUAUGCCACCUCUUUGUCCUAUUGGGAGUCACCCUAAGGUUCAAAGUCCCAAACCUAUAACUGGAGGACUUGGAGCUUUCACAAAAGUAAUCAUCAAACAGGAACCUGGUGAAGCCUCUCACGUGCCAACAACAGGAGCUGCCAGCCAGUCACCACUCCCUCAGUAUGUGACAGUGAAAGGGGGUCACAUGAUAGCUGUGUCCCCUCAAAAACAGGUCCUAACUGCUGGAGAAGGGACUUCCCAGUCACCAAAGAUUCAGCCCUCCAAGGUUGUUGGGGUGCCAGUUGGGUCUACUCUACCUUCAACAGUGAAACAGGCUGUGGCAAUCAGUGGUGGCCAAAUCCUUGUAGCCAAGGCCAGCUCUUCUGUUGCCAAAGCAGUUGGUCCAAAGCAAGUUGUGACCCAAGGAGUUGCCAAAGCCAUUGUGAGCGGAGGUGGAGGAACCAUUGUUGCUCAGCCGGUGCAAGCCUUAACCAAGGCGCAGGUCACUGCUGCCGGCCCGCAGAAGACUGCAUCGCAGGGCUCAGUAAUGGCAACAUUGCAGCUACCAGCCACUAAUUUGGCCAACUUGGCAAAUUUGCCUCCUGGCACUAAACUCUACCUUACAACGAACAGCAAGAACCCUUCAGGAAAAGGGAAACUGCUGCUGAUCCCUCAAGGAGCCAUCCUGCGAGCUACCAACAAUGCUAACCUCCAGUCUGGCUCAGCUGCGGGAGGCGGAGGAGGAGGCGGAGGCGGAGGAGGAGGAACAGGAGGCACCCAGAACCCCGCCGGCCCUGGUGGGAUCUCCCAGCACCUGACUUACACAUCUUACAUCCUGAAGCAGACUCCUCAGGGUACAUUUUUAGUUGGUCAGCCAUCACCCCAGACAUCUGGAAAGCAGCUGACUACUGGGUCAGUGGUCCAAGGAACACUGGGAGUCAGCACAUCUUCUGCACAAGGACAACAAACAUUAAAAGUCAUCUCUGGACAGAAAACCACUUUGUUUACCCAGGCAGCCCCUGGGGGACAAGCAUCGCUAAUGAAAAUAUCUGAUAGCACACUGAAGUCUGUGCCAGCCACCUCACAACUCUCAAAGCCUGGAACCACAAUGCUGAGAGUGGCAGGAGGGGUUAUCACAACUGCCACUUCCCCAGCUGUGGCGCUCUCAGCAAACGGUCCUGCCCAGCCGUCGGAAGGAACAACUCCCAGUUCAUCGUCUGCUAUCGGUUCUGUUGUGAAAACUUCCGGGCAGCAAGCAGUGUGUGUGAGCCAGGCCCCCGUGGCAGCCUGCAAGGCCGCUGCUCCCUCCGUCAUCAGCGCCACGUCCCUGGUGCCCACGCCAAACCCCAUCUCUGGGAAAGCCACCGUGUCAGGAUUGCUAAAGAUUCACUCCAGUCAAUCCACUCCCCAGCAGGCUGUCCUGACAAUCCCCAGCCAGCUCAAGCCACUCGGUGUAAAUACAUCCGGAGGUGUACAGACUAUCCUGAUGCCUGUGAAUAAAGUGGUUCAGUCAUUUUCUGCCAACAAAUCACCUGCCAUUCUGCCUGUAGCUGCCCCAACUCCGAUUAUCCCCAGCUCUGCUCCAGCGGCUGUUACAAAAGUAAAGACUGAACCGGAAGCGCCUGGGCCAGGCUGCCUCUCUCAGGAGGGCCAGACGGCAGUGAAAACAGAAGAAAGUUCUGAGCUGGGAAACUAUGUCAUUAAGAUAGACCACUUGGAGACUAUCCAGCAACUCUUAACAGCAGUAGUAAAGAAGAUCCCUUUAAUCACUGCAAAAAGUGAGGACGCCAGCUGCUUUUCUGCGAAGUCCGUGGAGCAGUAUUACGGCUGGAACAUUGGGAAAAGGAGAGCUGCCGAGUGGCAAAGAGCAAUGACAAUGAGAAAAGUCUUACAAGAAAUCCUGGAGAAGAAUCCCAGAUUUCACCACCUGACUCCUCUUAAAACCAAGCACAUCGCUCACUGGUGUCGCUGCCAUGGCUACACGCCCCCCGAUCCCGAGACCUUGAGGAGUGACGGUGACUCUAUUGAGGACGUGCUGACCCAGAUCGACAGCGAGCCAGAGUGCCCGUCAUCAUUCUCCUCUGCUGACAACCUCUGCCGGAAACUGGAGGACCUGCAGCAGUUUCAGAAGAGAGAGCCAGAGAAUGAAGAGGAGGUGGACAUCCUCAGCCUCCCGGAGCCGUUAAAGAUCAACAUCAAAAAAGAACAGGAAGAGAAACAGGAAGAAAUGAAGUUCUACCUGCCACCAACACUGGGGUCGGAAUUUAUUGGUGACAUCACCCAGAAGAUUGGGAUCACUCUGCAGCCCGUGGCACUUCACAGGAACGUGUACGCCUCGGUGGUGGAGGACAUGAUUUUAAAGGCCACGGAGCAGCUGGUGAACGACAUCCUGAGACAGGCUUUGGCAGUUGGAUACCAGACAGCAUCUCACAACAGGUACUGAGAUCUCUUUAGUCAGUGGUACUAGGCUUACAGGUAUUUCCUGACAGGUAAGUUGCCCAUGAAGAGGUUUUAUACCUCAUCCAGUUGGAGAUGGAGGUGACAGUGCUUGGGACAUUCUCAGAGCCAGACAUACUCAGGGGUCUGCUUGGUCAUUUUGAGACUCCCGUGGUGUGAAAGCUCAGCUUUGCCCAGAGGUCUGUAUCUUCCUAAUCACUCCUUCAGACACACUGUUCAUUAGGACUCUGUUCCGCUACCAGGUUGAACAAUACCAGCUCUUCGCAAUUAAAGAUGAUAAUAUUGUCCAUGACGUAUCAGAUGUUGGGGUCAGACAUUGCAUACGUUACCUGAUUUGUUUUUCAUUGGAGAACUCUAGCCCCCCUUUUAGAAGUCAGGAAACCAGGCUCUGAACGUUCACGUUACCUGGCUUUCCCAGCACUUGGGUGAUAGACCUCAUUGGCUCUAAAGCUCCCCCACUCACCACUGCUUUGCUGUCGGGACACUGAGUUUUGCCUUUUUCCUAGGCCCCAGAGCAUGGCAGACAGGCCUUUCUUUGUUCCACAUCCUUUCAAAGGAAACAAGUAUUUUAUCCCAGUAUCCUUAAAGCCUGUCCUAAAUUUGUAAAACUGUAUUAAAAGUGCCUGAGGACAUAAAGAGGCCUACAUCAGAGGACUGUUAGGUCAGACUUCACAGGAUUAGAAUACCUCAGGCAGUGUGGAAGAUAUCUUUAAGAAAGAAGGAAGGAGAAACAGGAGUUCCAGGAAUGCUCCUUGUCCUGUGUGAAACCCAGCAGUGGGCUGAGUGCCUUCUGUGGCCCCUGCUCACCUCCCUCGUCCUGGCUGUGGAGAUACAGUAGCUGGGGUGCUCUUGAUAAGAACAUUUAUCACCCUGGCCUGGCACAACUCUGUAUCCCCUCCCCCCGACAGGUGGAAACAUGGUCCCACAGUUCUGUAGCCCUUUGACUCAGCUCUGUCUGCUAAGACUGAAUGAUGAGAACAUCAUUCUGUUUUGCUGUCCACUUUACUUCCUUCUCUUUUCUCAAUCCUCAGAGGUUUUUUUCUUCAUUGUUCAACCAAGUUCUUGAAAUCCAUCUCAUGCCUGUGACUGAGAAGUCAGAUUUGAGCCGUAGGGCAGGCUGUGAAGAGGGCAGGCCAGUCUUUUUUUUUUUAAAGAUUUUUAAUAU